CUCCUUGAGUCCCAUCUCCAUGACCUGCAGCUGAUUGUUAGUGCACAUACGACUCUGUUGUAGGAGGACUUCUACCAGAGUAGGAUCACAGAUCCUGAGUCCUGACGCCCGCCGACAACGUCGUCAACAAGGCUGGAAGGGGAACACAGGACCUUCAUCUCGUAUUCACCACAAGGUCGCUCGGAUGGCGACGACUUUCGUACCUCUGUCUGAAUUGUCGUUGUUCCCUGCGACACCCGAUCAGGUGCUCGAAUCGCGCAGACGUCAUGCUCCCCAAUGGUGCAGAAAACUCAGCAUCGAGGAGUACCUCCUCCGGGAUCAACUAAUGGACGGGCACGAGCAUGCCUCGGACAAUAAGUUCAUUACAUGGGUGCUGGCUCCCAGGGCAAAUCCCACCACGCUGGACUUCAUGUGCUCAUGUGAGACCUUUCGCAGAACAGCGGUCGUGGCGCAUCCUUCAGAUCCAUCCGGCGCGAAGCAAGUGACUGCCUACGCCAUAGCGUCUGUGUUCACUCCACCAGAGAAACGCAAGAAGGGCUACGCUCAGUACAUGAUGCGCCUUCUCCACUGGGUCGUGGCUCCUCGCUCAGCUCUUCCCGUGUUUCCUGACGGCUGGGGUUCCCCGACAGAGGUCCCUGAGGGACUGGGUCUGCAGAGCGCGCAGUUCUCCGUGUUAUACAGCGACGUCGGGAAGGAAUUUUACCAAUCUUGCGGUCCGAUUGCUGAGCCAGGAGGCGGAUGGCUAGCGAGCGGCGCUGUGGAGACGUCCUGGUACGCAGACAAAGCACCCAGCGGUACGACAACGGGACCUACUUCGCCUCACAUAUGGCUCUCUGAAGACGAUGCGAAGCACGUAUGGUCACUGGACGUGCCAUUCAUGAGAGCGGAUAUAUCGGAAACGGCCAAAUCCUCAGGCCACACUGCGUUCUCGUUCUUACCGAACAAAGGCGUCGGCGCUUUCGUUGUACAACGCACCAUGAGCUUCACGGCGGAUGAUGCACCUGUGCUCCCUUUGGACACGUGGGGCGUACUCUUGCUGCCGAGCGCAGUCGUUGGCGUCGAUGAAGUCUUCGCGGAUCUGGACAAACAGCCCACAUACGCUACGUGGACGCUGGACACCUCAAGUGAAUCGUCACGCGUCCUGGUCACGACGCGAGUGCGCGCCUCGAGGGAGACCUUGCCUGGCUUGCUCGAGGUGCUUGUGCACUUCGCGCGGAAGGAGAACAUCCAGAAGAUCGAAAUCUGGGGACUGCCCGAAACGUUGCAGGCAGCCGCGAGCGAGUCGGACUGGGAGACAUCGGCAAGGACAGAUCAUCUCUCUGCGUUCAAGUGGUACGGGAAGGAGGGCGAGAACGAGGUGGAGUGGGCGUUUAACGAGAAGUACGUGCUCACUUUUAUGGCCUCGAUAUCACAGAAUCUGAGAUAGUAGCGAGAUAGGUUCUGCUGGUGCUGAAUCUGUAUCACACGUUGUACACGUCACGAAGGAUGAGGUAUAGCAUUGUGUAGGCGUAUAAUCGUGAGGAUGCCGCAUGCAAGGCGAUCAGGCAGGAGCAAACUGGGUGAUGACGCUCACAGGUUCCUUGUACUGGGCGAUGGGCUUGAAGGCAAGGUCAUGCAAGCUGUUGAACGUGGCAAUAUGAGGUCGAUACACACACGUCAAGUGAUCUUAUG